AUGGAUGAGAGCCGGCCCCUAUGGGAAAUGUACACAGUGUCAAAUUUGAAAGACGCUGGACCGGACGGGGAUUCCAAUGGUGUCGUGUAUAUGCGCAUUCAUCACAACAUUGGUGAUGGCAUAUCUCUUAUUGCUCUGGUUCUUAAAAUUUUUGACAAGCCACCGAUUGUCAAUAAGCGAGCGCCUAAAAGCCUGCCCAAUAUCUGGCCGAAAGUUCCCCCUGUGCUAAAUGCCUGCCAUACCAUCAGAAUGAUGGUGCAAGGUGUAUUCGAAGGUGUCUUAUUCACUUUGCUGCCUGGGGACAUCGACACAGUGCUUAAGGUGCCAAACGUUGGGCUGCUUGGGGAAAGACACGUUGCUACUUCAUCCAAAGUGGACUUGGAGAAAAUCAAGGACAUCAAAGAGAAGAUAGGGGGUACGGUGAACGAUGUUCUCAUUGCCCUGCUGACGGGUGUACUGCGAAGGUAUUUGGUGGCCAAUUGUAGCAAAACGGACGGCCAGAUUCGUGCGUUAUGUCUGAUUAACAUGCGAGACAAGUCUAAGAUGAUGACAAAACACAUAGAGCUGGAGAACCAAUGGAAUUUCCUGCCAAUUCCUGUGCCUUGCGGAAUGACGGAUCCUCUUGAUCGAUUAUACUUCUGUAAAGUGUACUGCGACGAUCAAAAGAUCUCACCAGCAAAUCUUGUGGCGUAUAAUCUGAAUAACGUCGUCGGUAAAAUAGUGCCGCCCGAUAUCUUCUGCGGCAUGACAUACGACCUCUUCAACAAAUGCACCACAGUCUUCAGCAAUGUGCCCGGCCCGCAGGGCGACGUAGAAAUGCAAGGCCAGAAGGUGCAGUCGAUAUCCUUCUACUCAAAUUCCUUGUCGGGAACCGUGUUCGGACUAGUGUCAUACAACAACGCGGUCCAACUAUCGGUGGCAGCGGACAAGGCUGUGAUUGCCGACCCGCAGGCCUUGGUUGACCAUGUGCACGACGAAAUCGAUGAGCUUCACCGGGCAGUGCAAGGCGAUUUCCGGAAGCCCGCACUCGAUAUGAAGAGGACUGGUCUGGACUUAACCGUAACGCUGCUAAGCAUUUUGCUCCUGUUUAAUCUGGUGAAGGCUGCAAUAUAUGCCCUUCUUUACAUGAUUGGCAUAUUUUGAGCGCACUUGAGGGCCACUAUGCAAGGAAAGGAAGCGGCCAUGACAAGAUGGAGGGACGAAGGAAAUAUAUAAUCAACAAACGACGCGGCAUAUAUAUAUAUAUAUAUAUAAUCAAUAAACGAA